CUCCGCCCUCCCUCGGCGCGCGCCGGCGUCGGCUGCGUCUCCGGGCAUUUGAAUUGCGCUUCCGCCAUCUUUCUAGUUCUCAGACGGGCCCGGAGACGUUUCUGGAAGCAACAUCACGAUGGCUGCCCAAGGAGAGCCCCAAGUUCAGUUCAAACUCGUAUUGGUUGGUGAUGGUGGGACUGGGAAAACUACCUUUGUGAAACGUCAUCUGACUGGUGAAUUUGAGAAGAAAUAUGUAGCUACCUUGGGCGUGGAGGUCCAUCCCCUCGUGUUCCACACCAACAGGGGACCUAUUAAGUUCAACGUGUGGGACACAGCUGGUCAGGAGAAAUUUGGUGGACUGAGAGAUGGCUACUACAUCCAAGCCCAGUGUGCCAUUAUAAUGUUUGAUGUAACUUCAAGAGUUACUUACAAGAAUGUGCCUAACUGGCAUAGAGAUCUGGUACGAGUAUGUGAAAACAUCCCCAUUGUGCUGUGUGGCAACAAAGUGGAUAUUAAAGACAGGAAAGUGAAGGCAAAAUCAAUUGUCUUCCACCGAAAGAAGAAUCUUCAGUACUAUGACAUCUCUGCCAAAAGUAACUACAACUUCGAAAAGCCCUUCCUCUGGCUUGCUAGAAAACUCAUCGGAGACCCUAACUUGGAAUUCGUUGCCAUGCCUGCCCUCGCCCCACCGGAGGUUGUCAUGGACCCCGCCUUGGCAGCACAGUAUGAGCAUGACCUAGAGGUUGCUCAGACAACUGCUCUCCCGGAUGAGGAUGACGACCUGUGAAAGUGAAGCGGGGCCCAGCGUCAGAAGUCUAGUUUUAUAGGCAACUGUCCUGUGAUGUCAGUGGUGCAGCGUGUUUGCCACUUUAUUACAUAGCUAAGCAGAACAUGUGCUUAAUCUUGGGGAUGCUGAAGGAGAUGGAUGGGCUUCGGAGUGAGUGUGGCAGUUAAAAAUAACUUCCUUUUUUGGACCUGCAUAUUUAGCUGUUUUGGAACACAGUCGGUUUCUUGUUGAGUUUCAAAUAUAAGACUGCUACAGUCACAAUAUUCAAUGGGAGAUCUUGUUUGUUACUGUCAUUCCCAUUCCUUUUCGUUUAGAAUCAGAAUAAAGUUGUAUUUCAAAUAUCUAAGCAAGUGAACUCAUCCAUUGUUUAAUAAGCAUUUUAAAACCACUAAUAAGAAAAAUUGCUGUUACUAUUUAGAUUGCCUUUGCUGGUAUCCCUUAAUUUGAAAGGAUUAGUUUAAAUUCUUCCUGUGUAUUUUUUGUACAUUUGAAUCAUUUCACACAAAUGAUCUGACAGGUCAACAGUAUUUUAUGUGGUAAGUUGUUAAGAGGUAUAUACUGUCGAUGCAGCUAAGUUAAGUAGCAUCCUCCCCACCAGCCUUCUGGCUAGCUAGUGUCACCUGGGGGGAGCGCUUGGUCAAGACGUAUGCGACCUGUCAAAAGUGAUAUGUAUUUUAGAUCUCUGAAGUAGGUGUUUUAAGAACUACAGUUGCUCUUGUUUUAUGGCAAAAGUCAACCAUCUGUUAAUCCAGAGCUUUUAAAGUCAGAUGGAUUAAACCAUACAAAUGAUAGCAGGAAUUUAAAGGAUGUCUCAUUUGUUUAAAAUGAAUAUAAGUUAUACAUUUAUUUGCUUUUUGUAUUAAUGUUACAUGUUCAAUGUAAAGUUAAUAUUCUAAGAUGUUUCCUAUUUACCUGCUGCUUUCAAGUACUCCCAAGCUUUAAAGACGCCAAAUAUUAAGGAUUGAAGGUAGACAUUCCACAGCUUUAAUGAUUUCUUUUCUCUGGAUGAUUUUCGUGGGCAGUGCAAGGACAUAGAAUAGUACUGUGACAGGAAAGUGGUUCUUAGAGUGCCUCUCGGUAAAUGUGCGACAGACUGCAAAACUUACUAACAUUAACCAUUUAUCUUUUGUAUGGUUUCCACAUUAGAAAUGAAUCGGGUCUGUCUGGCCUGAGUUGGAGCCCAGUGACACUAUACUGUAGCAAUUGGUCUCAAAAAUAAGAGCUGUUUUGCUCAUACAAAGUAUAAGUACUGCUAUGGUGCAGUUUACCAAAGUUCUUUAAAUGUCCAGUGUUCCUUAAAUGAUUACUUUCUUACCUAAAAAGGUAGGAAAGGAGCACUUACAUAUAUGGAAAAAUAGAUACAACGGGUAGAAUUGAAUGAAUUUCAAGUAAGAUGGAAUAAACGUAUUGGUAGAUUGACUUUACAGAUUUGAAUUGCUGUAUGUGCCAUGCUGUAUUCAGAACCAGAUGUUAACAGCCUGAGAUGUGAGGUUUCUUCCCGUAAUCAAGAUGAUACCUUCCAUUCAGAUAAUUUACUAUAAGGGGUAUGUGUUUGUAACUUGUGUGUGGAAUGCAAGGAUGAUGGAUUCCGAAUCUUAAAUGUAACAGUUAAAUUUUGGAAGCUGCUUGUUGAAUACGUGGCGGGAGAAUUUACAAGUCAUUGGAAGAAAAUGUUGCUGCAAAAUACAUUGCUUCUCCUUUGCUCGGA